UAGUGACCAGAACACCGGGAUCUCACACCAGUUGGCUGGUGUAUGGAAAUUACAGUUAACGGCCUUAGUGAAUGUGUUCAAGAGCUUUGAGUGUGCAACCUGGGCUGCACAUAAAUGAGGGUGCUGUAACCUGUGCUCAACUGCGUCAGGGCCCAGCUGCAGGUUUCUUCUUAUACAAAUCCAGCUGCAGACUGUACCUAAACGGUGAACCGCCUUGGGUACCAUUCUUCUGACAGAUCACCAAGAAUCUCUCAUCUAAUUUAUUCUGCCUUCAAGUACAAAUUGACUGAAUCUAACUGAGGGUUGCUUCUUCGCUUCAUCCAACCAGCUUUUCUUAAAAUCAAAUACUGAUUGAUCAUACCUUCUCCCAAGUAUCAUCUACGACUAAUUCAAACAACAUCCAUCAUGCAGCUAGGUAAACUUGAUGAACGUAUUCAUGUCAUGGAUGCCAAUUCAAAUGCCUGGAGCGUCAUAAAGGACAUUGCAGAGUCAGGAGUUCAAGAGGAAGCAUUCUACGUCUGUGACAUUGGUGACAUAAUAAGCAAACACAAGGAAUGGAAAAUUAAAAUGCCAAGAGUCCAGCCAUACUAUGCGGUGAAAUGCAACGAUAGCCUCACUGUGAUUGAAGUACUGGCUGCACUUGGAACUUGUUUUGAUUGUGCUUCAAAGGCUGAAAUUGACAGAGUUCUUUCUGUUGGUGUCGACCCAAGCCAUAUUAUUUUUGCAAAUCCUGCAAAACCUGCAUCGCACAUCCGCCAUGCAGCAGCUGUAGGUGUUGAUCUGAUGACUUUUGACAGUGACUGUGAGCUCCACAAAAUCAAGACCCUAUUUCCUACUGCCAAGCUGGUGCUACGUAUCCGGUAUGAUGCUGCCGUGGCUCAGUGCCAGCUUGGGAACAAGUUUGGAUGUGAUCCAGACUCAGAUGUACCACGCCUUAUGAAACUGGCUCAGUCAUUGGACCUAGACAUUGUGGGCAUCAGUUUCCACGUCGGCUCUGGCUGUGACGAUCCACCAGUAUUCUACAAAGCCAUUUCUGCCGCUCGAAGACUUUUUGAUCUGGGGUCAGCUCUAGGGUUCUCCAUGAGUUUGCUUGAUCUUGGUGGUGGCUAUCCUGGCAACAAAGGUGCCCAUUUAGAUAAGAUUGCAGAGGUGGUGAACAGUGCCCUCGGCGAGUUCUUUCCUGAACCAGAUGUUCACGUAAUUGCGGAACCAGGACGGUAUUAUGUUGCCUCAGCAUACACCCUUGCUACAAAUGUUCAUUCCAAGAGAGAACUUAUCAACCCAAAGGAUGGAUCCAUCACAUCAGUCAUGUACUAUGUAAAUGAUGGCGUGUACGGCAGUUUUAAUUGCAUUCUCUAUGAUCACAUGAAAGUGACACCAGUGCCUCUCAAAGCAGCUGGACUUGAAAUGCGUCAGUGUUCUGUCUGGGGACCAACUUGUGAUGGCCUGGAUCAAAUAGUUGAAUCUACUUUGCUGCCGGAGAUGGAUAUAGGAGACUGGUUGAUUUUUGAGAAUAUGGGUGCUUACACACUGCCUGUGGCGUCUCCAUUCAAUGGCUUCCCUGUUCCCAAAGUGCAUACUGUGAUUGACGUCCAAGGCUGGCUGCUGCUCAAAGACCGACUACCCAUGAUGGAGAAUCAUUUUGUCAUUGGAAACACACCAGCAAAUCUACACAUGGGUCUAUCCAUAGAUGGUCAAGGCAACAUUGAUGAGUGGGAUGAAGUUCACAUGCCUGUUUCAUCUUCUGAUGAUGAGAUUAUGGAUGAUCACAUGUCACAGCCAACUGUGGGCUCAAGCAUCGUAUAUCCAUUCCUUCAGAUGGGACAAGUCAAUUAGGAUCGGAUGGAGGCGUCUCUGCACCUCAGUUACAAGAGAUCAUAACGUACUGGGUUAUUUUACUCCUCGUUUGCAGAAAACGGAAAAAAUUAGCUGUUUUCUUCUGUGGCUUUCUGUUUCUUUUGUGUGAACAUCUCACAGCAUGUAAGAUGAUGUAUCAAGUGACAGUUUUGUGUACUGCAGCUCAAUGCCUGAAAUUUGUUUAAGGGACUAAAACAUGAAUCUCAGAAUAACUUAAAGUAUAAAGGUUUCUCCAAAGUCUUUUCAGGUACUCAGCUGUCUGCCGAGCUAUCAUUACAAAAGCCCAAGCAGAAUAGAAUGUAUGUAUACACUCAAUACCUGAAUAGCAUCUACAUUGUUGGAACCAGAGGAAACAAAUAAAAAUCUGUCACUGCCGUGUAUGAUGUGAUUUUUGCCAAAUGAUAAUUUGUUGUUGUAAAAUGUGUAACAGUUUCAGUUUACUGAAACUCAUCACAUGAUAACUUGGGUGCAGAGAGACGAAACAAUUCCAUAAAAGGAUGUUCCUUUAAUGACAGUUUCCUUCGAGACAGUUUUUCUGUUUAGCUUGUAAUUAGAGGAAAUACCACCUUAAGUAGCAGUUUCUAAUAUUGAGAACCUUGUCCUAGAAGGAUGUUCAGUCUUUGUAAACUGUUAUACUGUUGUCAUAUUCAUAAUGUUCUUCACGACCGAAUACUGUAGCAAAUAUAUUUGUCUCUAGUGCUAUUUGAGGACGUAAGUUGAGGUAUGGACACAG